AUGUACUCCAAGCAAUCCGAUCCCUUGCACCUCGUCAUCUUCUUCAUUGCCGUCACUGUCUCCGGUCUCUCGUUGGUGCGGGGACAAACCGGAGGGGCGCCGCUGGACUGCGUUUACGGAAGCGCACCCGAGUGCACGCGAAGCAUCAGCGGCCACGGCAACAACCUGGCCCACACCGAGUGGGGCGCUUCGUACAGGCCCUACACGCGGCCGCGACUUCCAGAAAUCAACACGCGACAGACCAGCCAGUUGCAGACGAGCUACGGCCAGGUUCUCGUGACCGAUCUCUGUAACACCAUUCGAGGAGAGGCAGCCCCGUUCAUCCCGGCCACUCAAUCCUACCCGGCACCCGUGGAGAAUUUGGACAUUCCAGUGCCGCAAGGCGAUCUUUUUUACGACCCGACGCUUUCUGGGACUGAAGUGUGCUACUUCCGACGCUCGUAUCCCUUCGAGGGCAACACCGCUCCCAACGUUCUGAGAGAGCAGAUGCACGACACCACAUCGUUUAUUGAUGCUUCGUUCCUUUACGGACCGACCGACAACCUCACCCUUUGGUUUCCCAUGCGUGAGAUGACCGGUACGGGUCCUCGGUGCGAGAUCAACAACAAUUUCUGGCUCAACUUCACCCAAGUGUUUGCCUUCAAGGUCAACCCCAACGUUGACAUCAUGAAGUUGCGUGGCGACCAGCGCACCAACAAAACUCCGUAUAUGGUCGCCCUCACCGAUGUCUUGGGCUCGGAGCACAAUCGCCUGUGCGCUGAAUUCAGGGCGGCCAACCCAGAGUGGGCCGAAGACAUGCUCUUCAUCCAGGCGCGUAAAUGGCUGAUCGCCUUCUGGCAGAAGAUAUCGACCAGGGAAUGGCUGGCCGCGGAGCUCGGGACAUAUUUGUCGCCCUACCAAGGUUACAACCCCGACGUGGAUCCGUCGGUCGACAAUUUCUUCUGCGCAGCGGCGUUGCGGUACGGUCACUCCGAGGCCAACAGUGUGAUCCCACUGCUCGACGAGAACUUCCAAGAAGCCGGUUUCGGCAACCUUCUGUUGCGCGAGGUUUUCUACGAUCCGGCGCUCACCGAGGACAACAGCCUGCAUGACUCGGUCAUUCGUGGCUCUCUCGUGCAACCACAGGGCGCGGUCGACGAAUCAUUCGUCUCCGAUGUCCGUAACUUCAUGUUCAGCACGCCGAUCUACAACCAGAAUCAGUGGCCGGUCGGGAUCUGCGGUGAUUUGGCUGCGACGAACAUCCAGCGGGGACGUGACCACGGCCUGCCCGGCUAUAAUGCAUGUCUCAGGGCGCUCAAUCUCACGAGCAGCCCUCCGGCGACCUUUGCAGAGUUCACCAGCGACAGCGAGAUAAGGGCCAUUCUGGAGGAACUCUAUUCUGGACCUGAGCACAUGGAUCCCUAUGUCGGCGGACUGCUGGAGGAGAAGGUCACCUACUCCAAUCUGGGACCGCUGUUCCACAACGCAAUCAUUCGUCAGCUGGAGCGCAUGCGGGACGGUGACAGAUUUUGGUACGAGCGGCCCGGAAUGUUCACUCCCGACGAGCUUGCGCUCAUUUACAACACGACGCUGAUGGACAUCAUUGCUCGCAACACCGGAGUCAAACCGUGGGCGACCUUCGCUGGCGAGACCUUCUGGCUCCAGUCUCGCUAUCUCUCGCAAGUGGGGGUCGGCGAUCAGUUUUUCCCGUACGCAGGAGAGUACGCCCACUUCAUGGACCUCUCACCGGCCUACCGCUUCUCAUGGACUGUUGACCGCAGCAACAACCGACUCCACAUCAUGCUCCAGUGCCGCAACUCGGGUUGGGUGGGGAUCGGGUUCAAGGCCGACCCCAAUACCAUGAAGAAUGCCGACAUUCACAUGUGCCGCCGGACCGACAAUGGUUCGUACAGCAUCACCGACAUGUUUGCCCUUGACGUGGGUCCUCCGAAGACCGACGUCGAACUGGGUGGAAGGCAAGACUUGUUUGACGUAUCCGGUGAGCAUGUUGACGGCGUUACGACGUGCCGCUUCACGAGGCGAAUCGAUACCACCGAUCUCUACGAUCACUCCAUUGACCCGGGGCUGGUGAAGGUGAUCUUUGCAUUCAACCCGACGGAGAACGAUCUGGUCUACCACGGUCCCACCCGCUCUUCGCUGUUCAGAAUCAACAUCCUCGGGGCCGAAUGCAAGAGCGGCACCUUCACAGCGGAUGGCCUGUGCGUCUCGGAUGACUCCCAGACCGGAGCCAUCGUGGCCGGAGUGGUGGGCGGGGUGGGCGGCCUGCUGCUGCUGGUGCUCAUGUGCGUCGUCCUUCUGGCUGCGGUCCUGUUCUACUUGGCCAGGCGCAAGAGGAAGGAGCAGCAGCUCCUCCUCGCCCAGCAGUGGUCGGAAGAAGACGAAAUGGACGAGGCCACGGAAAUGAGUGAUAUGUCUUCGUCUUCCUCGUCCUACGCUGGAUCGGAGGUCUCGCUCAAUGAGUUGGAGACGGCGCACAUUUCGUUCGCGCCCAAGGUGCUCACCUUCGGUCUCGGCCCGAACGACCGAUCGCCGGUGGAGCACGAGCUCCACGACAUUCUCACCCUCACCAACUACGGACCCACGCGCAAGUUCACCUUCUUCGUGCCGGCCGAGAACGAAAAAUUCAGCUGCCGCCUGCACCCGGGCAGCGGUGUCAUCAAGACGGGCAAGAGCGCGAUGGUGCACGUGUACGUGACGCUGCACAUGACGACCAGCAUCGAGCGCAAGAUCAAGUUCGAGGUCGAGGGUCUCGGCAUGCACCUGUUCACCAUCAAGCUCGUGGGCGAGCUGUCGCACAAGCUUGACCCCGACGACAUCAUCACCAAGCCUCCCGCCAUCGGUCGGGGGUCGUUCGGUACGGUGUACAAGGCCACUUACAGAGGACAGGAAGUGGCGGCCAAGAUCAUCAACUCCCAGGAGGAUCCCCGGGAGAUGGAGGAGUUCCGCAGGGAGGUGGACCUGAUGAUGCGCCUGCGCUGCCCGUACGUGCUGCACUUCAUCGGGGCGUCGGUUGUGCCCUACAAGGCCUGCCUCGUCACCGAACUCUGCGAAAACGGCAGCGUGGCCGACGUGGUGUUGUCCGACCGGCCGUUCAACUAUUUGGUGAUGCUCAAGUUCGCCCUGGACAUGGCCAAGGCCCUCAGCUUCCUCCACACGGACAUCAAGCCGGACAACUUCCUCGUCAUCUCGCUGUCGGCCAAGGCGCCGGUGGCGUGCAAGAUCGCCGACUUUGGCACGUCGCGCUCGAUCACGCAGGCCCAGGAGCCCUACAACCACACUGCGGCGCUCGGCACUCCGGUCUACAUGGCGCCGGAGAUCCUCGAGCGCGUGCCCUACUCGGCCAAGAUCGACGUGUACUCGUUCGGGGUCAUGCUGUGGGUGCUCUACACCCGCAGGGAGCCCUACACCGACAUCCCGCGCGUGUGGGACAUCCCGCCCUUCGUCCUCCAGGGCGGCCGCCCCGCCGUCCCCUCGCACUGCCCUCGCGCGUUCGGCGAGCUGAUGGCCAGGUGCUGGAGCCCGAGGCCGGAGGAGAGGCCGGACAUGUCGGCCGUGGUCAAGACGCUCGAGGCCCUGUUCGCCGCCGAGCGCGACCUCAGGGGCGCGCACAAGACGUCCAAACAGAAGAACAACAACAACGCGCAACAACGCGGCCGCGCGGCCACUCGGCUGGGCGCAGUACAGACCGCACGACCCUACGACGAAGGCAUCGACGGCGGUGACCAUCACCUUGAGACCAGCGACCACGAAAGCGAAGGCGACGGCCUGGAGCACGAGGACGGCGAGGCGAAGAAGGAAGGCUCGCAGGUGGUCAGGGAAGGAAUGAAGAAGAGCCGCGACGGGUCAUCGCCGCCCAAGAAGAGCUACACCUGGGCCGCCAGCCGACAGGAUGUUCGCGAGCACUACCUCGGCGGUCAGGAGGACAAUAACGAAGCUGACCACGGCAACAACCACGACAUCGAGGAGGGCCUUCGUGGCAACCUGACAGCCAAGAAGAGCAAGGGCAAGGACAAGCUGGCUGCCUCCUCGACCCACUACACCCAGUUCGACAGCUGA